AUGGAGAAACAAAGUUUCUUAUUGCCGUUUGCAUUCACCAAAUCGUCCUCAUUCAACGAAUCGGAUGUGUUGAACAAAACCCCGAGACAGAAGUCGGUGAUUGACGAAAAUGCAGAAAGCAUUUACCAUACAAGAAAAACUUGGGGGUCGCACACUAUUGACAGGCCCACUUUACACAUAAAUGGUGCCGCCCCUUCAUUGAAGAGACGAAUGGGAAGAAGUUUUAACGACAAAGAUGAUGUGAAAAAAAUAGCUAUCGCUAACAGAGAUUCAGAUUCUAGCUCUGAUUUUGAGGAGGAGCCUACAAUGGUUGAUGAGGAUGCGAAUGAUAACAACGCACAGCUUCCUCCGAGCAGUCCAGUUGGAGAUGGUCAGAGGGGAAACGAGUUGAUGUCGGAGUUUGAUUUCGCUACCAAUCCUACCACAAGUUUUCAAAUACCCAAGUCUCCCCCUAAAAGGCAUGACAACAAUCGUGACUCUAUUAAGACCUCGCCACAAAAGCCCGUCAGCUCUGAACCAGACUUUGGGAUUGAUAAGUUUAACAGAUACAGAGUCAGUUUCAAUGACAGGUUGAAAAACGCACCAUCGUCAUCCAAUGCUGAUGAUCAAGAUGAUGAAACAAAACAAGAACAAAGAAGUAUUGCUUAUAACAAGGCAAGAACAAAGAUCUUGGAUGCUUUUGAGAAUGUGAAGACUGUGAUAGACUUGCAAAAUAUGGGGUUGUAUGAAAUCCCCGACGAGAUCAAAGACUUGAAUAACUUGGUCAUAAUUGAAAGCUUCAGCGAGGAGGCAUCCAUUGAGUUUCCCUAUCAACUCUACCUCACGGGGAACCAGCUAUCCCAACUUUCACCUUCUUUGUUCAAGUUCACAAAGCUACAAGUCUUGUCUUUGCGGCGCAAUAAACUUAAAACUAUCCCGCCAUUGAUUGGUAAGUUGGAGAACUUGAUCGAUUUGUCUUUGAGCUCGAAUAAGAUUGAGUUUUUGCCUUACCAAAUUCUUGGAUUGACAAAGCUAUCAAAUUUCACUGCUGGACCAAAUCCAUUUCUUCCAGUUCCUGAAAAUGCAAUCACAAUGAGUAGCAAAGGUGCUACUACAUUUAUUCCAAAGUUGAGAUCACCAGUCAAGUGUCUAGCGUCUAAAGUCAGUGAAUUGCCUACUUUAAAAACUUUGUGUCUCAAUAUUAUUGCGAAGCAUGACGUGUCGUACUCGGAGACAAAACUAUGGAAGAAACAUACUCCAAGAAUGCACCAUGCACUUAUUAUCGAAGCUUUAAGAAAGGGCAAGUUUAAAGAUACUUGUUGUGAGUGCGAUAUAAUAGUAGUGGAGCCAAUGGCUGAGGUUAUAGAGUGGUGGGAUAUAUUGCAAAAUAGGAAUGUUCCUCUCCGAAGACAAUUUUGCUCUCAGAGAUGUGUCAAGAGAUAUGAAAAUCGAUUGGAAGCAUAG